ACGGGUUGUUGCAAGGCAACGCAGCUGCGCCUGAGCGAGGCUUUGGCGACUUAUUGUAAGCUCUCCUGCAUCCCGAAAAAAGAAAAAGAAGAAAAAAAACAUAAGACUCCGUACGUGGCUAGGUACUUCCUCUCCACGCUGCUCGUGGACCCUACUCACCUAAUCUCCAUGCCUGGCGUUCUAUGAUGUCGGCGGCCUCGACACCCAAGCGGCGCUACGAAUCUGAAGAUGACGAUAGCGUUUUGAGCGAAGGCAUAGAUUCAUUCGGCCCGAAAAGGAGCAGGCUACAACCCCCAUCCACGCAACAGGGCUCAUCAUGGUCUCGGGCCUCUUCGCGGAGCUCUGGUGGACGGUCUCCACCACCCCGAGCGCGGCCCCCGGACGUGGACGAUGAGGGCGCUCUGGGGGUUGCCGGCACAAACCAUCGCCACCAGCGAGCGAGCGAAGUGUUGCCAACGCGCCUAGCCCGUCCACAGAUAACCCUUCAAAACUCCGAUCUUUCGAAUCCAGAUUUUACAUCGAUUCAAGAAGACGGGGAAGUAUGUUUUGGCAUGUUGAAGAACAUCCAGGUCCGCCUCAAUCGCACUCUGCACGCUUGUACCACCCUCACCGAGAUCCAAGGACAGGAUGGUACCCUCUUUGCUUGCUUUGACCUCGUUAUUCAAGAAGAGAGAUGCGAUAUCGUCGCCGCUGGCCUCCCAAUCGGCAUCUUGAACAAAAAAAACCAUCUUGCUCUAAAAUCUCUUGCCCCACGACCGCUCUUCAAAGGCAUGGUGCCGAAGCAGGAGUUUCAGCAGAAACUAGCGGCCGCCGAGCUAUCCCGAGGGAUGAGCUUGCCAUACCAGUCAUGUACCAUGGCUAUUGUUCUCUCCGGCCCACCCUCUAUCGCGGAAUCACUUGCGAAAGGCCUCUCCAAAUACCAUCUGUUUUUGCAACACCCCGAUCCGAAGCUCCCAGGUAUGGAAUAUCAGAAUCCCCAAUACCUCACUAUGGUCGGAUCCUGGCUUCCUAAUGGGGCCGUGUUAGCUCCUAUCGCACCCGAAUUCUUUAAUAAAGAUACAGACCGGCGGGAUAACGCCGACCAGGAGCCAGAGAACGAGGUAGACUUGCGGACUGUUAUGGACAACCUGCCUCAACCAGCAUACCUCAGAGAGGCCGACAUUGACGGCAGAAUCAAGACCACGUUGUUGAAACACCAGAAGGAAGCCGUCGGCUUCAUCAUUUCCCGGGAGACAACUUUGGACUCAAACCUUGAGGGCCUGUGGUGCUUGGACAACUAUGUUUCCGGAACGACAGUGUAUAAACACAGUAUCACCGGCUUCAAAAGCGCGAAUCCCAAAGAUACGCUUGGGGGCAUUGUCGCAGACGGCAUGGGACUGGGGAAAACGUUGACCAUGAUCGCCAGCAUUGUAGCGACCCUUCCCCGUGCAAACGAAUUUGCGACCGGAGACCUGCCGAAGGGUGACGUCAAGACAAACUUGACUCCUGUCAAAGCCACGCUGGUAGUUGUACCGUCAGUUUUGCUGCUCGAUGGAUGGAUCGAUGAGAUUAGCAAGCACGUCAUACCUGGGACGCUAGAAUGCUAUCGGUACCAUGGACCUGAUCGGCGACUUCCAUCAUCAGGAGCCAUCCCUUAUCAUGUCAUCAUCUCAACUUAUGGGACUGUAGCUGCAGACUUUACGCGUGGUGGCGGGGUUCUUCGCUGCUUUCACUGGUACAGACUGGUCCUUGACGAAGCCCAUGUCGUACGGAACAGGUCCACGAAGCAAUUCAGUGCUGUGGCUGCGCUCUCGGCGGCACAUCGCUGGUGCAUGACGGGAACACCAGUCCAGAAUUCGCUAGACGACCUCGCCUCGCUCAUCCGGUUCCUUCGCGUUCCCCAGCUUGAGGAUGCUGCAACGUUCCAAAAAUACAUCACAGGGCGCCGGACAGCAGGAAGUAACGCAAGACCAAAUUACGGAAACCUCAAGCGCCUGCUGGGCUCGAUAUGUCUCAGACGGAGCACCUCGGCCAUUUUGUCCUCCCUGGGCGUGGCCUUUAUUGAACAUCGCCCCGAGUUUUCCACCACCGAGCGGAAAGCUUAUGACAAUCUAGCCAGUUCCUGCAAGAGGUCAAUCCAGGAGGCUGUUAACACUCGGCCAACAAAAAAGAGCAGCGAGUCCAUUCUGACAGCGGUGCUGAGACUACGCAUCUUCUGCAACACGGGAUUGAUAACUACCGUCGUGGGUAACACGAAUGACGACGUCGAAGGCGUUUUUCGGCCUGAUGAAGUUAUUAGCUUACUGCUUCAGAGUGGCGAGGCCAUUUGUUCCCAGUGCAAGACCGAUGUUAUGGCGCCUGAUGUCGGGCAUGAGUCUCAGGGACAGGGAGAGGGUUCGCGGCGUGUGCUCAAAUGUCUGGCAUGUAGCCAGCGAGAUGCUGACACAGAGGAGACCUCGGGUUUCUCUAGACUCGAUGACGAUCCGAUGGAGGGUGUGGAGAUGGGUGGCCCGGGUGAGCAGGCCGCUGCUAGUACUACCUGCGAUGACAGGCCAGUUGACGGUCGGGUGCAAUGCCCUUCCAAGCUGAUUGCUUUGCUGGCUGACGUGAAGGAGCAUUACUCCGAAGAGAAGAGUAUAAUCUUCUCCUUUUGGAGACGAAGCCUAGACUUCGUGGAGAAGCUCUUCACUGAGGAAGGCAUCGUCUUUGGUCGUGUCGACGGUGACGUAGACCCACCACGCCGACGAAAGAUUCUUCGAGACUUCCAUGACGACCCAUCAGUUAAGGUGUUGUUGAUGACUAUAGGAACGGGGGCAGUUGGCCUGAACAACUUAUCCGUAGCCACUCGCGUACACAUCCUCGAGCCCCAGUGGAACCCAUAUGUAGAGGACCAAGCCAUUGGUCGUGUUGUUCGCAUGGGGCAGAGCAAGAACGUUUCCGUUGUUCGAUAUAUGAUGAAAACGUCGGUUGAAGAGACGAUCGAGUCGCGCCAAAUGUGGAAGAUGCAACUCGCUCUCAAGGGCGGCCUUCGCUCCUCGGACCAGGAGCAUUCGGAAAUAAAGAGGCGGAUUGCUCACUUGCAGCAGUUUGAGAAGCUCAUCGGGUCGACUAUCCUGAGCCAAAAUGUUGUCUGAAACCCCAGUUCACCUUGGGUGGUUGGUGGAUCCGGCACGGGAAGAGACACUGCCUGGAGCAAGUUGGCUUGGGAAACCAAGCACGAGGCUGUUGUCUUAGCAGGGUUGUGAAAGAUGCCAACGAGGCGUGCGACUUGGGGAUGAAGAGUGCAAGACAUUCAUGAUACAUGGACUUGCCGGUGGGCACGUGGCCGAGUCCAACGGCGUGAUAGUCACCAAGCUCACUGAACUCAACCUGAAUGUAAACUCGUCUCCAAUCCGUGGGACUCAUUUUUGGACCCAAUGGUCUCGGAUUAUA